CGACACACUAAGAAGAUUUUAAUAUCUUCACAUAUUUAUACAAACACAUUCACUGUACAUAUUCAAUUUUCUGGUAAGAUUAUGAAGAAGAAAAACCGGUUCGAGAUGCUUUUUUUAUGCAAAGGUUCGAGAAUGUUUAAGUCAACUGUUGAAUCUCGUCAGCUUCGCCACGAAAGCUUUUUUUCUUAUACUCGGCAAUCUAACUUUUAAAGAAAAAUAUGUCAGGAAAAUUAUUUUGUAUCAUAUUUCUACUUUUCCUGGCUUGUUAUCAGUCUGAAGCAACAAGAGAAGUACAAGACAAGUUUCGUGAUGAAAAUAUUCUUCCAGAUGUACUCGAUGAGUUACCUGAUAUCGAUUUGUUGAACAUUACGUAUCCAUCAGGAGUUAAAGUGAAUUUGGGCAACGUGUUAACCCCAACUAAAGUGAAAGAUGAACCAACAGUGAAAUGGAAUAGUGAAGACGGCGUCUUUUACACAUUGCUGAUGACUGACCCAGAUGCACCUUCAAGAAAAAAUCCAAUUCGAAGAGAGUUUAGACAUUGGUUGACAAUCAACAUUCAUGACAGCGAUUUAAAUUGUGGCGAAACGAUUUUCCAAUACAUUGGAUCGGGUCCACCAAAGGAUACUGGUUUGCAUCGUUAUGUUUUCCUUCUUUUCAAGCAAACUAAAGGAAGACUUGAAUUCGAUUCACCUUAUGUAUCCGAUCACUCAUCUUUAGGACGUGCUUCAACGUCAACAAAAGAUUUGAUUUCAAAAUAUGACUUAAAACUUGUUGCUGGAAACUUUUAUCAAGCUGAAUAUGACGAAUAUGUUCCAAUUUUGCAUAGUCAACUUGCUGGAAAAUCAACUUAAUCUGGAAAAAGGGUUCUGCAAUAAUAAAAUAUCUUCUUAAUAGUGUUGUUUGCGACUGUGUACAAACAGACGUAGAAUGAAGCAUGUUUCAAUAAAAUCCACAAUUCUUGAAUAAAAAUAAAUUCUAUGAAAUGCAAU